CUUCGCCAGGUUAUCCAUCAUGAACAAACGCGUGCGCGCUCCAGAACGCGUCUCUGGGGUGAAACCCACUCUCGACCUCGGCGCACAAGAUACUAGUCAAUGAUGAAGACGGCUUCCUUGGGCAGCAACCGCACCCGCCUGUUGAUAAAGAGCCGGCUCCGAAAGUGCCGUCCGUGAGACGCGCUUUAGUUUCCGAUGAGCUCCCCGGUUUCCCGGGGAUGGUCGUCACCGGCCAUGCACGACUCAACGACGGUGAGACGGUUCUGAAGCUCACCCUAGGCAACGACAACGUCGACAACGACGAAAGAGCCUUCCUCGCUUGGGUCCCGGAACACACACUGCAGGCCAAGGAUGCUGAGGCGGUGUACCAGUACUGGGAGAGUCUUCCGGGUGGCAGGGACUACCAGCUGGGCUACAUGCAUCAAUGGGCUGCGAACCGUCGUCUGGGUCGCCACGAGCAGCACAACGUCAAGUGGGAGAUCUUCAGAGUCUUGAAAUUCAGAGUCCGCAAAAGAGAGACGGAGCUGCUAGUCCACUGGCAGGGGUACCGAGAAGAAGAGUCUAGCUGGGUUCUUGAACGCGAUCUCGACCAGCAAUCACCCGAAGCUGUCACUUCCUUUUGGAAACAGCACCUCAAAUCGGUCAAAGCGGCACCUUGGAAGAGGACGCGACGACGAUGACCAUGCUCCCGUCGGUCACGCAGAUUUUUAUGAAUGCAGUUUUGGUCUGCCACAGUCAUGUUCACGAAAUCACCAGGGGAGGAGUUGGGUUCUGUUACUCUUUAGCGUCACCGGGCACAGUGCUUCAUUAGUGAGCGUUUUGUAGUUGCCUAAUGCAUUUUUCGUUUUGUUGCCUGUCCAGGCGAGGGCUGUAAUAUCGGGAUAUCUGGCCACUAUCCCGACAGCAUAGCGCUAUAGAUGAUCAAGCUUUCAGAGUCGUUGGUUGAAAUGGGCACAUGAUAAUAUGACGUUUGUGCCAUCCAGUGUUGGCAUAACUGAUUGCUUACGGACAGCGCUGUAUUUAUUAAUAUAAAAGUUGUGCUGCUUGGCCCCUAGGACUUAGUGAGGCUGACGUUGCCUGUAACUUGUUGGGUUGUAACACUAUCAUUUUCAGCUAUCCCUCUAGAAGCCUCUAAAGCUAUUCUAAAACUCC